UCCGUGGACGUUUCCGUGAUAAGACUGACACUUUCCCCAUGCAAUUCCGAACCUUGCAUUCUUGUUCGGGGAAAAACAGUCCGGCUGGAAAUUGAGUUUGCUGCACCUAGAGACGUCAGGGCUGAAAUUCAGGAAAUCCGGGGUUCAUCUGGUCAGGGACCGCAGCUGAUACAAUUCCCCGAAGAUGACAUAUGUGCUUACUGGUUUCCACCUUGCCCCAUUAAAGCUAAGAAAUUCUACGCUCUACUUUACAGACCCAGGGUGAACGUGAAUAGUAAA